UAAAUAGGUGCUGACGUGGAUGUCUUUACCGGCGAUAAGAUGUUUUCCGCAUUCCGAUUUGCAAUGGAUGAUGAGUAGGGCGGCCUGGCGGACAGCCGAUAUGCACGGUUACGCUUAAUCAGCUGAAACCGCAACCUCGUUUAGCACUGUGCGUCUCUUGGACCCUUGAGGAAAUGUAAGUUACUCUCGGGAAAAAGCAGUGUACGAGCUGGAGGAGUGGGCAUGUGAAAGUUGUUUAUAAAACCAAGCAGUAGCAUCCAUCUACUUCAACGAGCCGCCAGAUCUUUCUUCCCGAAAACUCUAUUCCAAGCUAUCAUCAUUCUCCACUACUUUUCUGUAAGCACUGACAGUUUCCAACGCCGUACACCGCUCCAAUCUAUCUUACAAUGUCUCCAUCUGACCAAACCAUCCUUGUGACGGGUGCGAACGGAUUCGUAGCAAGCCAUGUCGUCCGCACUUUGUUAGCUGCGGGCUACAACGUGCGAGCCGCCGUCCGCUCCACCUCUUCUACCGAGCGCAUGAAGGAGAUCCACGCACCCUAUGUAUCCCAACUGUCCUUCAUCAUAGUCCCCGACAUGACUGCUCCAGGAGCCUUCGACGAGGCCGUCAAAAGAGUUUCGGGGAUCAUGCACAUGGCCUCACCAUUCGUGUUGGCUCCUGAAAACAACGAAGUCGACCUCCUCCAGCCUGCGAUACAAAUCACCCUCGGCGUACUAGCCUCCGCAGCCGCAGCAGGAAGCACAGUGCGCCAUGUUGUUCUCACAAGCUCUUUCGCUUCGAUCCUAGACAUGGGCCAGGGAUACCGUCCCGGGUAUACCUACAACGAAGCCGACUGGAAUCCCAUGACCUACGCCGAAGCGGCCGUCGCAGACGGGCCCAUGGCCUACUGCGCAUCCAAGAAGCUUGCAGAAGAGGCCGCCUGGAACUUCGUCAAGGAGAAGAAGCCUGCCUUCGAGCUCAGCACGAUUUGCCCGCCGUGGAUUUUUGGUCCCACGCUCGGCUCUCUCGCGUCACUUGAGCACCUGAAUGAGUCGACGGAGGCGAUCUAUAAGCUCAUCAAUGCGAAGAGUAUUCCGCCGAUUGAUUUUGCGGGGUUUGCGGAUGUGAGGGAUGUGGCGGCAGCGCAUCUUCGCGCGUAUGAGAAGCCAGAGGCUGCGGGGAAGAGGUUCUUGGUGGGGAAUCAUUUCGACUACCAGACGGCGGCGGAUGCGAUCCGAGCGAAGCUUCCGGAGCUGAAGGAUAGGGUGCCCGAGGGGACGCCUGGAGCGGGGUUGAAGGGAGAUGUGUACCAGGUGGAUGGAAGCGAGGCGGCGAAGGUGCUGGGCGUGGAGUACACGAAGCUGGAAGACACUAUGAAGGAUACGGUGGAGGGUUUGCUGGAGGCGGAGAAGAGGCUGGGCGUGGAAGUGCAUUGAUGAGAAUCGCGUCGGUUCCGUGGUGUUUAAAUCUCCAGUUGCUGUGAGUAGUUAUAUCGGCACAUGUAGUAUGGAACAGGACUUGGGGGUGCUUCAAGUAUUGAGAUUCUUUCAAGCCUCCACCACGCGAUAUGCUGGAUAUGCAGACAAUGUACUCAAAUCCAGAAGACUAGACUCCAUCCCGCUA